UUAAUAAUAUUUAUUUCGAAAUCAAAAUUUGAUACAUUAAUAAUAUAAAUCACCUACAUACAAAAUCACUUCAAAUAUUAAUGCUAUAUAUAACUUACACGUUUUACUUACACCAGUAUCUGUAAUUUUCUGUAUGAGUUUCAUCAAUUAAGAAUACCUAAACGCUUCAGUUCAUUGGAGUUGCAUUGUAAACUAUAUUUUUGUUUACAUAUUUAUUUAGGACUUUGAGGAUUUGAGAGAACGCUUUACAAUCAAACAUGAGUUUGUCUCGGUGUUACUCCCUAAUGAAGUGCUUGCUAAUCCUUUUCAAUGUAAUUUUUUUGUGUGUUGGUGUUGGGGUGUGUUCGUUUGCAGCAUGGGCCUUGUGGGAUGGCCGUGGCAGUGAGACAGGAUCUGGGAAAGCUGGCCUGUGUGCACUUGCUGCCUGGGGUGCUGUAUUGACAUUGGGAGCCAUAGCAGCACUGGCUGGGGCUGUGCGGGGCUCGGCAUCAUUGCUAGCGGCCAGUUUCGCAUUGCUAGCAUUGAGUGCAGUAGCUGAGGGGGCAGCAGCCUGGUGGGGUGCCGCCCAUUUGCCGCAGCUGCGUGCUGCACUCGCUGAUCGGUUACACCACACAGUGGUGCAUGACUACGGUGUGCUGCCGGCACGCACGCAGAUCAUCGACGCGAUACAAUCAGGGUUGGAGUGCUGUGGGGCCUCUAGUCCUCGUGACUGGCAGCAGUCUGCAUGGGCAGCAGGGGCUGGCUUGGAGCCCGGAGCAGCGGCACUUGAUCUUAGCGUUGCAGCUGAGCCCGCCUACUACUAUGUGCCGCCUUCUUGCUGCAUCGAUGGGGCGGUUCCGGCCUGCGACGUAGCGCGCCGGGUACCAGCAGCGUCCGGAGGCGGCGUAGGGCUACACGCGGCGGGGUGCGGGGGCCGCGUUUUGACUACUCUAGCCAACGCUGCUCGCGCGCCUCUGCUCGCCGCGGCCACGCUUCUCGUUGCCCAUGCGCUGUCGCUCCUGCUCGCGCUUGCCCUUACUCUCCGCGCACAUCCCUCGCACAACUAUAAAGCGUAAGGCAACUGUUACACUGGCGUAUGUACUAUACUCAGACGUUUUUACAACUAACGUACAAACUUAUACUCCACGAAUUACGUCAUACAACCCGUACUCGGACUGAUAAAACCUUAAUUAUCAUAAUAAUAAAACCUUGUUUAAUACAAGUGGAAUUGAGAACAACAGGGUUUAUAAACACUUAUUGAUUACAAACAGUUAUUGUAAGAUAUUAUUUUAAUAUGUUUUCAGUCGUUGAGCGACUUUAGUGUGUAUAGCAUAGACACUCUACCCACCGUCACAAUGCAUUUAUUUUGUUCCUAUUAUAAUUAGUUUUAUUCAGUAGUCUAUGAAACUGAGCACACACACAUGUGAACGUAGUGAUAUUAUAGAGCGAGAUCCCAAAUAUUUUCUUACAACUUAAACAUAUGGUAUAUGAUGAGAAAAUAAGAAUCUCUGGCGGGAUCUUGGACCAAUAAAAUUAGCAUUUAAAAGCACCAUACCAUGAAAAAUAUUCAUAUUUGUAGGUAACUAAACAUAAUACUAUCUAAGUCAUGACAAAGUUUUUAUAUUCACAAACAUAAUUUAUUUAUAUUAAAAUAAAUUAUAAUUAAGUUUAUUGAUGUAAGGCAUUAACCAAAACGUGUGUAGUUUUAAUGUUAGACGUAGUUCUUAUACAAUAAUCUUUAUAUUUAAAAAUACUUUUGAACAACAUAUUAUAUAGGUACAAACUAAACGAUGUCUUAUCUCAGUUCACGGAUCUGUUUUUGUUUAAAGUUUUUUAAAUAAGGUAUUCAACCAUGAUUCCAUAACGAACACACUCAGAGUCGUCCAUUAAAUUAUCUGUAAUGGUAGAUUUUUUUUAUUAUUACAAAUGUAAAGUUUAAUUACUGAUUAGUUAAUGUCUGAUGUAAAGAAGAAUAGGGCAUUCAGAGCACUUUUUAUCAUCUAUCUAUGUAUAAUUUGUUAACCUUUAAUGAACGACUUUGAGUACUGUAGUAAUUUUACUCGCAAGUGUGUCCAUUACACUGCCAUUUAUUGACUGAUUUUUUAUAUAUAAUAAAUAUUUGUGUGUGUCUGUACACGUUCUCGAUGUAUCGUUUGAGUACAAAUUUUUGUUUUUUUUUUUAAAUAUAGCUUAUUUGUAAGAUUGUUGAAUUACUUUAGAGUUUAAUUUUUAACAAGUACGAAAACAGUACUUCGACUGAUUCAGUUAAGACUACUUCAUUUUGAUAUUCCAUGUGUUUUUUUUUACAAUAAUAUUGAUAAUAAUAAUGGUAGCUAUUGUUGUCUAUUUCAUGGUCUAUAGUCUAUAGCAUUUCCACUCACUCCCGAAUCUCAGGAUAAGAGCGAUAAAUUAAUUUAAGGUAUACCAUCAUCUGGUGCCAUGUAUUCUUAGUUAUAUUUAUUGUUGUGUUCGGUGUCUUAAAAUAAAUGAACAAAAAGUGU